AUGAGCUCUGCCAGUGUAUAUAGUGAAGAUAUGGAAGAUGUACAUAGCAACCAUGCCUCCAUGAAUAUGGAGCAUGAGGAUGAAGAGCAGGACGACGACUUUCAAAAGACAGCAGAAGAAACCGUCUUGGAGGGAAUAGAUACUACAAACGUCGAUGAGCUGCUGCAAAGGAUAUUUUUUGGAUUUACACCGGACAAACCCAAGACCUUUAUCAAGCGAAAAGUACAAGAAAUGAAAAAGAUCCUUCCCGUCAUCAAGAAGUUUGGGUUGCUGCCACCGUUAUUCAAUACAAUCUUUGAGGUUGCAAUGCAGCAUAAACUGACACAUGGCGAACAGUUGGUGCUACUACAAUGCUUACUGCCUAGAAAAAACAUUUCCGAAGACUAUGUUGUGCGUAUCAUUGCUUGCAUCAACCGCAAAGACAAGAAUCCAAGAUAUACUGCUGAUCUGCUGAACUGGGCAAUCUCUGUGUAUGAUGCCAUUAGCACAAAAGACAAGAUUAGAAAGCUGUAUAAUGUGCUGUUUUACAGUUUAUACCAUGAAUCCACCAGAGCGGCUGCCUGUCAUUUACUCUAUUUCAUCACCAAAAGAGAGCAUGUCGUACCUCAUAGAAUUAGACGAUUGAACGAGUUGAUUGAAAGUGAACGAGAUAAUGCAGAAUUGAUUGGUUUGAUGCUGGUUUAUCAAACGUACGAUUUUACAGUUAUUGUGCCUCACAAUGUUCGACUGGUAAACGCCUUUGUCUUUGAGACACCUUACCCUGAAAUGAAACAUCAAUUGACAAAUAUCAGGGCUCUAUGGCAAAACAAUGCGGAUUUCUCUCUUGAUUUACGAAAAGCUGAAUUCCAGCUGCCUACCAAAACGAAAGCCAAAAGGUUGAAAUUCACAGAUGUUUCAGGGGAACCCUUACGUGAAUUGGAUGCCAUCGAUAUCACUCGCAUUGCCAAUAAUGUCGAAAAUUUAGAUCUUGCAGAACAGUUGAGUGUCGUAUUACAGAACCGCAAACUGCAACACCUUCUGCUAUGUAAACGAGACAGUGUUGUGAUUGAAAGACUCAGUUACUGGAUUGUGCAAAAGAUUAUGGAUUUGUCUCGGUGGGGCAAUGAAGAGGAUGUCAUGAAAUCAGAAUUGCAUGACAUGUUGAAGUCAUUGGUUAGAUUUACUCGCUUUACAAAGUCGCAGCUGCCCGUCAUAGAAUACUUUUUGUUCGAGUACCUGAAAACCUGGAAUGGGUUCGAAUUUGAAGACGAGAUAUUCGAGCUGAUCACAUACACUAAGCCAGCCGACUACAAGGACUUUUACAAAUCGGUGCUGAUGCGUCUCUAUCGAUUGUUUCUGGUAUCAGAUGUGCACUGGAAAGCCAAACUCAUUCUCUGCUAUACAAGUCUGCUCCAGAACUGGGCACUGCUUGAUUGGAAUCGCCAUACACAACUGAGCAAAAAGGGAGACACCGAUGUGGAUGAUAUCACAACUGCUUUUGGUGUUUUAUCUUUUGAUGUGCACUAUUUUUCUACGAUCCAAAAGCUUAUCGAGCACAUUGACCGCAUGAUUGUGAUGGGAUUACUGGCAGAGGAUGAUCACCCAUUACUGCAACAUGCUGGACUUACCUUUUUUGAGCUGGUAUCUACCAUCUCUGUACAAGACGAUAUACCAGAUAUCAUCAUACCCGCAGCCACAUUUGUGCAUCGUAACUUUUAUUCCUCAUCUGCAAUGCCUGUAAGCAGAGUGUGUGGUAUAUUGUAUCAGUACAAACUUGCAUUCGAAGAAAACGACAACAAGACUGAAGACUGGAUGUCCAAGCAUACGCCUGCUUAUCUGAAUCAUUUCAACACAUAUUUAACAGAUGUGUGCAACUCGCUGUGGAGAAAUCUGGGUCUCAGUAAGAUGGAGUCAGAGGGAAAUGCAUUUUCGUUAUCAAAACAAAACAUCCUUGAUUUCCAAAAGAUUUGCCAGGAUAGGGACAUGGAGGUUAACAAAUUACUGUCCAUCACACACUCCGCGUCGCUAGCAGCAUUCUCAAAACGAUUCAUGACGCUGCUGGAAAAGGAAGAGGAGUCAAGCAUUACUCACGAUCAGCCCAUUUCAUCCGCCUACCUGAGACAACUAGAAGAGAACGAAGGAGUGUCAAUAAGCUAUCUCAAUUACAGAGCCGAGUAUCUCAACUACAUGAACCGACUUGGAUUUACAGGCAUGCACGACCUUUUAUACGCUUGUAUGACAUCCUUGAUUCACCUGAAGGAAAAGGAUGCUUCCAUGAUUAGUGAAUCAAGUACAUAA